AUGUCUGCUGAAGCCGCCAACUCCGCCUCGCCCGUCCAGGACGGCGCCCAGGAGGCUGCCAACGGCACUUCGGUCAAUACCAACGUCGCCGCCGCCAACGAUGCUGUCGCGACCCCCGCCUCGGCCACCACGGCCCACCCCAACUCUGCCUCGCUCUAUGUUGGAGAACUUGACCCUGCUGUCACCGAGGCCAUGUUGUUCGAGCUGUUCUCGUCCAUCGGCCAGGUCGCGUCCAUCCGUGUCUGCCGCGACGCCGUCACCCGCCGCUCGCUCGGAUAUGCGUAUGUUAACUACAACAGCUCAGAGGACGGCGAGAAGGCUCUUGAAGAGCUGAACUACACCGUCAUCAAGGGCAAGCCGUGCCGUAUCAUGUGGUCGCAGCGCGACCCCGCUCUGCGCAAGACUGGCCAGGGCAACGUCUUCAUCAAGAACCUCGACCACGCCAUUGACAACAAGGCUUUGCACGACACUUUUGCUGCUUUCGGCAACAUCCUAAGCUGCAAGGUUGCGCAGGACGAGAUGGGCAACUCCAAGGGCUACGGUUUCGUCCACUACGAGACCGCCGAGGCUGCCAACAACGCCAUCAAGCACGUCAACGGCAUGUUGCUCAACGAGAAAAAGGUCUUUGUUGGCCAUCACAUUCCCAAGAAGGAGCGAAUGAGCAAGUUCGAGGAGAUGAAGGCGAACUUCACCAAUGUGUACGUCAAGAAUGUCGAUCUUGAGGUUACCGACGAGCAGUUCCGCGACUUGUUCGAGAAGCACGGCGACAUCACAUCUGCUUCGCUUGCGCGCGAUGACCAGGGCAAGAGCCGUGGCUUUGGCUUCGUCAACUUCGUCAAGCACGAGGCUGCCUCCGCCGCUGUUGACGCGCUGAACGACACCGAAUUCCACGGCCAGAAGUUGUACGUUGGCCGUGCUCAGAAGAAGCACGAGCGUGAGGAGGAACUCCGCAAGCAGUACGAAGCUGCUCGUCUUGAGAAGCAGUCCAAGUACCAGGGUGUCAAUCUGUACAUCAAGAAUCUUGACGACGAUGUUGAUGACGAUAAGCUCCGCGACAUGUUCUCUCCCUUCGGUACCAUCACCUCCGCCAAGGUCAUGCGUGACACUCUCCCCGCUGAGGGCUCUGAGGCACCAACCGAGGAGAACAAGGAGGAGAAGAAGGAAGACGAGGAAGAGAAGAAGGAGAGCUCUGGCGACGAAGAGUCUAAGGAGAAGAAUGAGAACGAGAAGGUCACCAUCAAGGGCGAGAAGAAGAUUCUGGGCAAGAGCAAGGGCUUCGGUUUCGUCUGCUUCAGCAACCCCGAUGAGGCCACCAAGGCUGUCUCCGACAUGAAUCAGAAGAUGAUCGGUGGCAAGCCCCUCUACGUCGCUCUGGCUCAGCGCAAGGACGUCCGCAAAAACCAGCUCGAGGCCACCAUCCAGGCCCGCAACCAGCUCCGUAUGCAGCAACAGCAGCAGCAGCAGUUCGGUGGCAUGCAGCCUAUGUUCAUGGCGCCUGGUCAGCAGCCGAUGAUGUUCCCCCCUGGCCGCGGACAGCCCUUCCCUGGUGCCAUCCCCGGACAGCAGGGCGGUCGUGGUGCUGGUUUCCCUGGCGCUAUUCCCGGCCAGCAGGGUGGACGUGGUGGACCAAACGUUCCUCAGAUGCCGCCCAUGUACAUGCCUCCCGGCAUGGCCCCUGGCGCCUUCCCCGCUCCUUACAUGAACCCGCAGUACAUCCAGCUUGCUCAGGCUGCCCAGCAGGCUGCCAUGGGCGGAGGUCGUGGUGCUGGUGGCCGUGGCCCCAUGGCUCCUAUCCCCGGCAUGCCCGGUCAGAUGCCCGCCAUCCGCGGCGGCAACGCUCCUUUCCCACAAGGCGGUGCCGGCCGUGGCGGACCCGGAGGUCGUCCCGGCCAGCCCCCGGCAGGCUUCCCUCAAGGUGGCCGCGCCCCUGGUGUCGAUCUCGCUGCUCUGAACGCCGCUCCCGCCGGUCAGCAGAAGCAGAUGCUUGGAGAGGCUCUUUACCCCAAGAUCCACGAGAUGCAGCCCGAGUUGGCCGGCAAGAUCACCGGUAUGCUCCUCGAGAUGGAUAACUCGGAGUUGAUCAACCUUACCUCCGACGAGGGUGCCCUCAAGGCUAAGGUUGACGAGGCCAUGAACGUCUAUGACGAAUAUGUCAAGAACAAAGAGGGUGAGGGAGAGAAGGAAGCCCCCAAGGAGGAGGCCAAAGAGGACAAGGCUUAG